CCAUGAAACUUGAAACAGCCAUAUUAGAGGGACUCAGAACGAGAGAUCAAGAGAAGCAAAAAAGAACAUGGGUUCAGAAUUUGAUCCAGACUUCAUUCAGAAACCCGACCAGCGACCCAACCCCGACAUCUUCGAGGCCGAAUCAAUCCCUAUCAUCGACCUCUCUCCACUCCUAACCAGUCCCAUCAUCGCCGGUGACGAUACGCUACCUAUAAGAAUCCUUGUUGCAGAAAUCAAAGCAGCCUGUAGUGAAGUUGGCUUCUUGCAAGUCAUCAACCAUGGAGUCCCGAUCGAACUCCUUGAAAGAGUUCAGUCGGCAGCGAAGGAGUUCUUCGCUCUGCCGACAGAGGAGAAGAGGAGAGUGAGGAGGGACGACGAGAAUUUUCUAGGGUAUUAUGAUAUGGAGAAUACAAAGAAUGUUAGGGACUGGAAGGAAGUGUUUGAUUUUGCAGUGAAUGAUCCGAUGAUUGUUCCGACGUCGAGUGAGGGUAAGGAGACGAGGGUGCAGGAGAUUUGGAAUCGGUGGCCAGAGUAUCCAAAGGAUAUGAGGGCAUCACUAAAGGUCAAUGGGUGCACAAUAGAAGGUUACAUUAGCAGGUAGGAUCUCUUUUCAUACAAGAGAUCCCCUUCGAAGCUAUGGCAGUUGGCAAAGUUGAGACCGGGUGUCGGAUGUCAUUUGGCUUGGAGCAAUGACAAUACUAUUGUAUUACUAGGUAUGACAAUAAUAGGAGUACUUUAUUCAUCCCCUUGAAUGGGUCAAGAUGAGUUGUUGUGUAUUUAUAUAUUGACAUGACCAAAGUGAAAAUUCCACAUCCACUUUACCGUGUACUAAUAGCCAGACUAGGGGUUUGGGGUGCGAGCUUGUCAAGAGAUCUCAGGCAUAUCACGGGGUUUGUUCAGUAUGUAUUUUAUAUUGUUACUUAUGAAGAGAGAAGUAAUACUA